AUGACUGCCCACGGAGCGAGUGAUACCGCCAAUCCAGAACAUGGCCGUCGACACUUCGGAGCCAAAUUGGUGUUUACCAUUGUCUUCAUCUGCUUCGGCUCAAGCAGCUUUGGGUUUUCAAACGCCGUGAUUGGUUCAACCUUAGGGCAGCCGUCGUUCAUGUCUACCAUGGGCCUGGACACUGCUACAAACGCGAGCAGCCUCAUUUCUGCCAUUCUGUCGAUGUUCUACGCCGGUGGCUUUUUUGGGGCAUUUUGUCACGCCCUGUUGGCGGACCGCUAUGGCCGGAAGGUAUCUGCCUCAGUGGCUGCCUCUAUUAUGAUCAUAGCCGCAGCCAUCUGCACUGGGUCGAACAACAUCGGCGUGUACAUCGCAUUCCGGUUCUUCUGCGGCUGGGCCUCAUACCAAUUCAUCUGUACCAUCCCGACCUGGGUCACAGAAAUCACGCCCCCUUCUCAUCGUGGUGUUCUUGGAAACAUAAUCGCAGUCAACAUAGGGUUGGGAUACGUUAUCGCCUCUUUCAGCGGCAUCGGCUUCUAUUUCGUCAAAGGCGAUGACCAAUGGCGAGGUGUCACCGGUCUCCAGAUACUGUUCCCAGGACUCCUUCUCGCGGCAAUCUAUUGGCUUCCGGAGUCUCCCAGAUACCUUAUCGCCAAAGACCGGCACGAAGAAGCAUUGGCCAUCCUGAAAACCCUUCAUGCCAGUACCUCUCAGGCGGAUCACUUCGCAGAGAUGGAGUUCUUUCAAAUUCGAAAGCAAAUCGAGUGGGAUAAUGCGCACAAAAUGACUUAUCUGGAGAUAUUCAAACACCCAACGAUGAGAAAACGUGCUCUCAUUACUAUUUCCUUGACCUGGUGCAUGGUGGGCUCUGGAGUUCUGGUCAUAAACAACUAUGGUACCGCCAUCUAUUCGGCCCUCGGCUUCAAUGAGCUUGACACCCUUCUAUUCCUGGCCGGUUGGGUUUGCAUUGUCCUCCUCGCUCCAUUCGUCUGCAUGACAUUUGUCGAUCGAGUGAGCAGAACCUGGCUUUUGGCCAGCGGCUUCUUCCUUUGUAUGUGCACUUUGAUUGUCGAGGCAGCACUCCAAAAGAAUUUUCUGGGAACCAACAACACCUCUGCCCUGUCCGCCGCCGUAGCCAUGACAUACCUUUAUGUAUUCUUCUAUGUCUUGUGUCUGGACGGGCCCAUGUUCUUCUACAUUGGAGAGAUCUGGCCAUCGCAUGUGCGGGUCCAAGGUUUUGCAAUCGGCAUUUCUGCCAUGUGUAUUUCCAACCUUGUGUGGACGGCUGCCGCCCCAGUGGCGUUUGCGAACAUCGGAUGGAAGUACUACAUCUUCUUCAUCCUCCAGGCUGCCAUCGGAGGGGUGGCUACCAUACUUUACUCCCCUAACACAUUAGGAAAGCCACUUGAAGAGAUUGCAGCCCUUUUCGGUGACACUGCAGAGGUCGUGGUCUUCCAGGCCGAACUCGAGGAAUCGCGAUUUGAGAAUGGAGUCGAGGGCAAGGAGUUCCCUGAAGGUGUCGAGCAUGUUGAGACCGCAGUGGGUGUGGGCAAGGAGAAUUGA